AUGAGACCAAUCAUCCCUCUCUACAGUGAAGACUCCAGCCCCAAGCCACCAUCAAGGAUACUUCCCCCCAAAGUAAAGAGGGCCGUACGGCGUUGGGAACGUACUGGAAAACCCAAGUCCCGAUCGGGUUGCGGGACCUGUAAGAUCCGAAGAGUCAAGUGUGACGAGGCUAGACCAAUAUGCGUCCGAUGUGCUAAGGGAAGAUUCGAUUGCGACGGUUACACCAGCGAUACGACCGGAGAAGCGAGCGACUCAAAUGACUUGUCAAGCGGCACUGACAGUUCGGCUGGCGACGUGUCCGCGUCCCCUGGAACCACUGCAACAACUCUAAACCUGGCCCCAAGUCCCGGACUAGAUCACUCGGAACCAUGUACAUGGCAUGACCUGAUUUCAUCAUUCUCUCCACUCGCGUCGGCCUAUGGCCCCGUCUAUCUUGAGCACUUUAACCAAAAUGCAAAUCCUAGCAACGCAGUAUUCAGCUACAGCGAGCUUUACUCCAAUAUUGUCCUUCAAGAGACGCUCCAAGACGAGUGUAUACAAAACGCCGUCCUGGCCCUUGGGUCAUUCUUUUAUAGUGGCUUUAUCUUAAGCCAGAAUGGUGUACAGAUCGAGAUCGCCAAUCACCACAGGCACCAAUCUCUUCGGCUCUACAACGUUGCACUCCAAAUUUUCCGCAAGCGCAUGCAGAACUCAAAUAGAACCACGUCCCGAUGGAUGGCUCUCAUGACCCCGUUGCUAGCCAUGUAUGAGCUGCUCCAGGGUGACUUCGACGCUGCAGACAAACUUCUUAGCAGCGCAAUGGAAGCACUUCGUUCUUCAGGAGACAUCUCGCACAUUUCGACCAGCGAGAGCUCUGAUAUAUUUUCUUACACAAGUCUGCAAACUAUCGGAGACACGGUACCUCUCUUCAAAAUGGCAAGUAAACAAAGCUGUCAUGCAGACCUACAGUGGGAUUCUGUUGUAUUUCUCCACUCAGAUCUAAUUACCGCUGUCAAUGAAAUUGCAAGCUUUGAUGAGGGGUAUUACGGGGAUAUACCCCAUGACCAGUCCAGUAAGGACAAUUAUUAUGACUUGGUGAAUUGA